ACUGAGCGCCUCUGAGUCCGCGGAGGCGCUGCGGGGGACCCGGGCUGCGGCGGAGGCGGUGGCGGCGGCGACGUGGGCUGCGGCGGACCCGCGGCGUCGGGAGGUGCGGAUGUCGGGCUGGGCGGACGAGCGCGGCGGCGAGGGCGACGGGCGCAUCUACGUGGGAAACCUUCCGACUGACGUGCGCGAGAAGGACCUGGAGGACUUGUUCUACAAGUACGGCCGCAUCCGCGAGAUCGAGCUCAAGAACCGGCACGGCCUCGUGCCCUUCGCCUUCGUGCGUUUCGAGGACCCCCGAGAUGCUGAAGAUGCAGUUUAUGGAAGGAAUGGUUAUGAUUAUGGCCAGUGUCGGCUUCGUGUGGAGUUCCCCAGGACUUAUGGAGGUCGGGGUGGGUGGCCCCGUGCUGGGAGGAAUGGGCCUCCUACAAGAAGAUCGGAUUUCCGAGUUCUUGUUUCAGGACUUCCUCCAUCAGGCAGCUGGCAGGACCUGAAGGAUCACAUGCGAGAGGCUGGGGAUGUCUGUUACGCAGAUGUGCAGAAGGAUGGAAUGGGGAUGGUUGAAUAUCUCAGAAAAGAAGACAUGGAAUAUGCCCUGCGUAAACUGGAUGACACCAAAUUCCGCUCUCAUGAGGGUGAAACUUCCUACAUCCGAGUUUAUCCUGAGAGAAGCACCAGCUAUGGCUAUUCCAGAUCUCGAUCUGGGUCAAGGGGCCGUGACUCUCCAUACCAAAGCAGGGGUUCCCCACAUUACUUCUCCCCUUUCAGGCCCUACUGAGACAGUGAUGGAAAUUUUUUCUUUAUUUUUUAGUGUGAACUGAGCUGCUUUGUGCUCAGAAUCUACAUUCCAGAUUGAUAAUUUAGUGUUUUAGGAAAUUUUUUUAAUUUUUUUUUUUUAAAGGAAAAAUACCUACAUAAUUUCUACCAGGGCCAUGGUAGCAGUGAAACAUGUUAAACUGCUAAAAUUGUGGUUUUGGUUCAGAAACAAGUUGUAUAUUUUCCACCCCUGAUUAUGGGAAAAAAAUCAGUGCUGUCUGUGUCCUUGUGGGUUGCUCUGCUAUGGAGAUUAGCAGAAACUGUGACUGAGUCGGCCCAUUCUGUUUAGAAAUAUAUUUUAAACGUUUAGUAACUGAUAUGUGUGGUUGUCCUUGAUUAAGUUCACAGAUUUCACCAAACAGGCACAAUGAUUUAAAAAAAAAAAAUGUAGUUGUAGUAGAAACUCAUACCCAGUUAGUAUGGAGCAGAAGUGGAUAACUUUAUUCUGGGAGAAAGAUACUUGGUCUGAUGGUGGUUUGAGAACUUCAGUCCCAAGGGCAGGUUCAAGGUUCUCUUAUUCAAGGCCAAGCUUGUAAAUUAAGCUGACAUUAAGGUAACAUAGCAUAUAGAGGAAAGGAAUGGGAAGAAAAUAAUCUUUUGAUGGGUAGCUGCACAAACAUCAUUGGAAAAUUCCUAGCCAAAACUGACUUCGGCAGUUUGGUUAGAAAAAUCUCUAAAUUCUGUUGUAUCACGAAAUGCAGUUUGAUAGAUAAUCUUUGGAGGAGAGAGAAGGGAGAUAGUCUUUCAUAGCAAAUAGGUCUAUAAGUGAAUACUUCCCAUUUCCUGAGAAGCUGACAAUGCCUUUUAUUUCCAUUAACACUAGAAACUCAUUGCCUUGCUUUGGCCAGAUCUUUCCCAAGUGUGUCUUCAGAAGAGUCAGUUACUAAAAAGUACCCAGUUGUAUACUGGGUACUCCCUUCCUAGAAUAGUUACUCAGCCAUGUGGGGAGGGCUCUUGUUCAUCCAACUUUGGCAAAGAGAUAUUACCUGUUUGAAGACAAAAAAGAAUGUUACAGCCAAGGUUUCUGCCCUACUGGCUCUACUAAGUUAAUAAAGCAAUGGAAAUAA